UACAAGCUACAUCGGCUCCAGACCAGCACGCCUGCCAUAGACAGUAGUGGAUUGCCCACUUACAGACGUCGUAUUGGAAUCAAGGUCUGACUGUGUUUUAGCCCAGCGCUUGCAUAACAGCCAAACCAAGAUGGAUUGCUGUUGGAUGGUCCUACUUCCUUUACUGUCUAUGGCCCCCAAGGUGUUUGUUGUGGCCAACGAAGAGGAGAAUAAGACAGACAUAGGCACAGAAAGAAAUCAGAUUGUCACUGCUCAGUUCAAGUGCUUUCAGAAAAUCACCAAGGACACGCUUCUCAACAGGAGAGAGUCAGGGGACUCCAUGUGUACGAGCACGUGGGACGGAUGGCUCUGCUGGGACAGCGUGGAGGCAGGGCUGACCUCGGAGCAACACUGUCCAGACUACUACGGGGACUUUGACCCGCUAGAGGUGGCAACUAAGAUCUGCACAGAUAAGGGGGAGUGGUUCCAGCAUCCCUCAAGUAACAGAACUUGGACCAACUUCACCCGCUGUCAUGCCCACACCCACGCCACGCGGAAAUCAUUACUAAAUCAGUACUACUUGGUCCUCAUUGGCCAUGGGCUGUCACUGAUAUCCUUGUUUAUAGCUCUGGGAAUAUUUUUCCACUUCAAGAGCUUAAGUUGCCAAAGAAUAACGCUCCAUAAAAACCUAUUCAUGUCCUUCGUCUUAAAUUCAGUCAUCACCAUCAUUUGGUUCACGGCAGUAGUCAACAAUGAGGAUUCAGUUCGGCAGAACCUUGUGAGCUGCAAGGUGUCUCAGUUCCUGCACCUCUACCUGCUGGGCUGCAAGUACUUCUGGAUGCUGUGCGAAGGCAUCUACCUGCACACGCUAAUCGUGGUGGCGGUGUUCGCCGAGAAACAGUACCUCAUGUGGUACUACCUGCUGGGAUGGGGGUUUCCUAUCCUACCGGCACUCAUUCAUGCCGUAGCCCGGAGCUAUUACUACAACGACAAUUGUUGGCUGAGCUCGUCUACAACUCUGCUUUACAUUAUUCAUGGUCCAAUUGUUGCGGCUCUCAUGGUGAACCUGUUCUUCCUACUCAACAUCAUCCGGGUUCUGAUCACCAAGCUGAAGGUGACCCACCAGGCCGAGUCCAGUCUCUACAUGAAGGCGGUGCGGGCCACCCUCAUCCUGGUGCCGCUGCUGGGGAUCCAGUUUGUGCUGGUCCCCUACAAGCCAGUGGGUGGAGCGUCCUUAGAGAUCUUCGAGUACGUGAUGAGCAUUCUCAUGCACUAUCAGGGGCUUUUGGUGGCCACAAUAUUCUGCUUCUUCAACGGAGAGGUGCAAAGUGUAUUGCGGAGGAACUGGAACCAGUACCGCAUCCAGUUCAGGAGCAACCUGUCCCACCCAGAGGCCCUCCGCUCGGCCUCCUACACGGUCUCCUCCAUGGCCUCCUCCAUGACGGAUGUCCACCGCUGCUACAGCAUAGACGGCCACACGGAGCACCUCAACGGCAGGGGCUACACCGACAUCGACAACACCACCAUCUUCAAGAACGAAAACCUCUACGCCUGAGGCCCCUUCAGGUCCCUGAGGCUGGGCCAGAGGACUCGUGUUUGGGGAGAGUGAAAACUCGUGAGAGGCCUUAGUGAAGACCUUAGUGAUGGGCCCUUUACUGCAUACAGUCACUGCCACAGAAGCUGCAAUUACGCUCUGACUCAUAUUCACCUUGAUGGAGGAGAAAGACAAAACCUAAAUAUCCAUUUAUAUGAACGUUAUAUAAAUGUUUGUAUGAACAUAUAUAUAUAUAUAUAUAUAUAUAUAUAUAUAUAUAUAUACUUUUCUUUUGUGGCCAGCAUCAGUGGGAUCGCACUGGCAUUGAAGGAAUGCUUUGGUCAUGAGUGACUAAUUGUGGGUUUUUCAUGUUUUGAGACAUCUUGCUGAAACCACGUGCAUUUUCAAGUUACUCAUGCCACAGAAAAAAAAGGAACUUAAGCGACUUUGAAGUUUGGAAUUACAUCUGGAUCUAAAGCAACACAGCACUGAAUUCCAGUCAUAAAGAGAUCAAUCAGAGCGUUUUUACCUUAAGGCUUAAUAUUUGGCCAUUCUCCAUUGGAGUAUCUGCUCAGCCUUGGUUCUGUAGAUGUCCAUUUGGAGUGUACCUUGGUGCCUUUAGUAACAGUAUGCCAAUUUGUGUUAUUUCAGCACUGGAUGAGUGCAAAGCAGCAAUAUAUGUGGAGGAUCCAAGAGACAUUAUCAUUGGUUCAAAGGAUCUUCUCUACAUUAACUCUCCUAUUGUCCUAAGAAAAAAAGAAUACCCAUUACUCUUGGGUCAUAAUGACCCAGGAUUCAAUCUAUCUUAUUACUCACCUAAAUAUUUAAGUACAGUUUUACAAUUGGGCAGUGUUACAAUUACUUGUGUACAAUUCAACCAAAUAGGUAUUUUGGGGGAAAAAAGGAAAACCCAUUGUACCAAAUGGCACCCAAUUUGAGCUUGGGAAAGUGUCAAAUGUUGUGUUGCUAGGCUAGAAUGGCUAGAUCAUAGUAAUCAUUUAGUUCAUUGUUUUUCCACCUCUGAUUGGUUCUCAUCUCAGGAAGAGCUAGACCAUCCACUGAUCUUCUCAUGCUAUCUCUAAAUUGUCAAAAAAAAAAAAUGAGUAAUGAAGAGGCCUUAUACUCUCAUCAUUAGAAAUCCAAUGGUAAGAACUUCAUAUGCAAAUAUAAUAAAGAUAGACAUAGGAGAAAUAGUGGUAUCACCAACACACUAAUGCUAAUCCUAAUGCAAAGGUCUUUCUGAGUAGCUUUUAAGUCAAGCAGUCACCAUCACUAGAGUGGCUAGGUCCAAUUUUAAAGUGCUUAGGUCUGAACACAUCUAAAGAAACAAAGGAUAAAAUGUUUUGCUAGCAUGCUAAAUUGGCUUUCUGGAAAUGGAUAUUCUAGCAGGUAAUUAUGAGUAUGAGGAAAAGGGCUGUCUAGAUUAUAGCAUACUGAGUAAGACAGAGCAGCUCAUAUAGCCUGUUCUUCAUCAAAAGCUAUUUCAGGUCAUAUUGACCCAAAUACAAUAGGCCUUACUUUUUAUAGCAGGUACACUGAAAAUGAUAAAAAAAAUAUUUUUUUCAAUAAGAAAGCUUUUCAAUUUUAGGAAGCUACAUGGACAGCCAUGGAGUUUCGUCACUGAUUUCUAUCAUUUCACAAUGUCUGAAAAGGACAGUAGGAGGUUUGAACCAUGUGGUUUGCUUAUCCGUGUCCAAGUACUGACACUAGUAUGAUCAAUUUGAAAAUGAACGUAGUUUGCCAGCAUAUGCUAGCAUAUUCCAACAUGAUACUUUUGUGAUUUGUGAUCCCCACAUAAUGAAUUAAGACGUCACAUAACAGAGAAGACCACAAAUACAUUUCCUGUUGAUACGUCAUGAAAGAUCAGUGAUGGAUAGGCCUACAUGACUGGAUAUUUCAGCUACCAAAAGUCUACUGCACACCUUACAAAGGAAACUGGACCUACAGAACCGCUUGGACAUACUGAUCAAUUGUACAGUAACCAGCGGGUACAGUGCUGUGCAGUGAGUAAACCUCACUCCUCAACAUAUUAACAUAUUAAGAGAGAUGCUAGCAACAGACGCUAACAUCUAUGGCCGCCUCCCAUGCCCAAGGUUGUGAGUUUGAGUCCUGUGUGGGACUGUGCUUGUCUACACAACACAGGUUGUUUUGACCUGGACCUAUCUCACUCUAUCUCCCUAAACCUUUAAGAGGGUGAGAGUAAUGGUAGUCAGCAGGUACAGUGCUGUGCAAGGAGUACACUCACUCCCCGACACCUUGAAAUGUGCUAGUGACAGACACUAGCACCUAUGGGCUUUAGCCUCUGAAGAGCUUUUUCACAUUGUAAAUGAAGAGAGGUUUGUGGAAGUUGUACAUCUUUUGUAUUGAAGGGCUUACUCCCUCCUAGUAGCACUUAUGUAAGAUGUAGAAAAACCUUCCAACUGAUCUUUUGUCCACCAAAGAAGGUGAAAUCUGUUCAAAACAACAAUCUUGCCCUAAAGUGUCAGAUGCAAGGCCAGCAGGAUUUUAUAUGAUUCCCCCUCUUUUCCAGACAAGGAAUACCAUUUGAUUCAGCUCACUGAGAUGUAAGGUGAACACACCCUUAGCACCCAAGACCUACAUUACAUGUCUUUUUUUGCAUUCACUUGUUUGUUAAAGAUGAAAAACUUACUACUGGUGGAAUCCAAAUUCAUGACUCAUAUUAGUAACACUAGUAUAUAGUAGUAUGUAUGUAUGUAUGUAUGUAUGUAUGUUUGUAUGUUGCUCCUCAGAUACAUUUGAAAUCAUGGUUUCAUUGAAUUGUAUCUUUAUGUCAGGCACAUAAAUCUAUAUCACCUUGGUUACACAUUGUCAGUUUAAACUGUCACAGUUGCCUCAUUUUGAAAUGCUGGAAACAUGGAGGAUGUAUGUAUUUAUUAAUGAAAGUGUGUACAGGACACUACCUAUGUGUGUGUGUGUGUGUGUGUGUGUGUGUGUGUGUGUGUGUGUAUGUGUGUGUAUGUGUGUUCAGUGUUGUACAUAUUUAUUGUUGUACGCUUCAGUGUAACCUGUUAUACACAAAAGUGCAGUAUAUUCAUCUGAAUAUAUAAAUAUCAAUGAUAUUUAAUGAUGUAUCUAAAUGUUUAUACAGUGUUAUUUGAACAAUUCAUAGGCAUAAUGUCUGUUUUCAUGGGGAACAGCUUUUUUGGGGUUAAUUUGUUGGGUGUGAAAUGUUGUCUAAUGCUUUUGGUCAGAUUGUAAAUUGGUUAUAUCACGCCUCUGUCAUGUGAAAUAUGAUGACGAUCAAAAAAAAAAGAAAAAAAGGACACUGACAUCAUGACACAUUGGAUUUAUGUCUACCGGCUUCCAUUCCAAAGGGUGUGAUAGGCAAAACCACCAAAAUCCUGUACUGUUCCUUUUCGAAUUGGAAAUCCAAAGCCACUUCCUGGAGUACUUUAGGAUGUCCAUGUUCAGUGUCAGCAGUUUCCUUUUCCACUUUUGACAUUUGUUUGCGACAAACUGUACUGUAUGUCUGUAUUCAGAAAAAAAGAUGAAUUAAAUUAUUGUCUUCUGAA